AUGAAUGGACGAAUUACAUCUUUCUAUUUUGAGAAGUUUCCACCGUCGUAUCGUGAGCAAGAUCUAUGGAAAGUGUUUCAGAGGUGGGGCAGAGUGUGGGAGGUCUUCAUUGCUGCAAGAAGGAAUGCUAAAGGAUACUUGUAUGGGUUCGUCAAGUUCAUUGACGUGUGGGACGUAAAAGCACUGGAGGUUCGGCUGGAUAAAGUCUACAUUGGGAGUGUUAAGCUCAACGUAAACAUCUCAAGGUUCUCUAAGGAAGAAACGACGAAGAAGAAACAUGAGACAAAAAUAUAUCGACGAGAGGCUGGAAGGAAGGACACCCAAAGGUCAUACGUUGAUGUGGUUAACGGAAACGCAGUCCAAAAUAUAUACCAGGAGGUGAAGACGGUAGCCCCACGAUCCCGUCAUACAAGGGCGAUAAGGACAAAGAAGGUGAUGUGGUGUGAGAAAAAACCAUCAAUCCAAGGUAAUAGUGAGGACGAAGAAUGGACUGAAAUUACAAUGAAAGUGCCCGAGGUGUGUAGUGAAUGGCUUCGGGAGAGUUGGGUGGCAAGGUUACACUCACUGGAGGAUUUUGACAGACUGGAAGGGCUACAAGCAUUGCAUGGGAACGAAAAGGUACGUCUAAGAUACUUUGGAGAUGAUUUAGUCUUGAUUUCAGGCUUGCAGGAGAUGGAUCUUAUGGAAGCAGAGAAGGGAGAAAAUAGUGAGUUUUGGGCAUUGUUCUAUGAUAUCAACCGUUGGGAUCCGACAACAUUGCCUGGGUCUCGAUUAACGUGGGUGAGGUGUUACGGGGUCCCUUUGCAUAUGUGGAAUGAACAAUAUUUUUCUCAGGUGGUGUGCAUGCAAGGGUCUUUGGUUAAGGUGGAUUCAGAUACUGCCACGUUCAAGACAAUUGAGAGUGCGAGGCUGCUUAUUAAAACUUCAUCACAACUACCCAUCCAACAACAUUCCCGGUUCAAGAUCAAUGGAAUACGAACACAAAUCAGACUAGUCGAAGAAACAGCGGGGUUAUACCCAAACUGCAAGUGUUACCUAUGGAGGGACAACUCAGAGAUCUUACAAUCUAAUGAAAGUGUUUGCGGUGGGGACUUACAUUCUAUCUCAGACACGAUAGAAGAAGACGAGAGCUGGGAUGACAAUCCUUAUGCCCAGGACAUAUCUCCAGCAGGUAGAAGCAACGGCGGAGCUAGGUCGGAUUGUCCAAAUUCAAAUUCAUGGAUGGCGGGAGUUUCAAAGGUGGCGUGUAGUGAAGCAAUGAAAAGUGUAGUCGUCAAUGCAAAAGAUAAGUCAGACAACACAGAGAAAAGUAUACUACAACGAGGUAGCUUCAGGGAGUUGGUGAGGGGGGAGGGUACUGUGUUAGGAAAAAAGGUGGAUAUCAAAGAUCAAUCAGGAAAAGGGCACCAAAAAUGA